CUGGCAGCCCAAGAUGCGAUUUAGAAUAGAUGUCUUGGCCGUAAAAACGAACACGGCCAACUCACCCUCUACCGUAAACAUGUUUGAUCUGAAUACCUGCAUUAGGAAGAAUAUCUUGGAACUGCAGCCGUAUCGCUGUGCUAGAGAUGACUUUUCCGAAGGAAUUCUUCUGGACGCGAACGAAUGUGCCUAUGGCUCUGCUUAUAUCGCAGACGGCACACAUUAUAACCGUUACCCUGAUCCCCGUCAAAUUGCGGUGAAGGAACGCUUCUGUGCCAUUAGAAACGGUGAAUGUCAUCCUAAAAAACCCAUUACUCACGAAAACAUCGUCAUGGGUGUUGGUUCUGAUGAAAUCAUCGAUUCAUUGAUUAGAAUCACCUGUAUUCCCGGUAAGGACACGAUUCUUAUGUGUCCCCCUUCGUACGGAAUGUAUCCUGUGUGUGCAAAGGUGAACGAUGUAAAGGUUAAGAAGGUUCUCCUCAAGCCCGACUUUACUUUAGACACGGAAGCCGUGUUGAAGGCUAUUCGUGAAGACCCUACUAUUAAGGUCGUCUUCGUCUGCUCGCCCGGCAAUCCUACGGCCAAAAACAUUGCUUUGGACGACAUCAAAAGAAUUUUGGAUGAGCCUUCAUAUAAUGGUUUGGUUGUCUCCGACGAAGCGUACAUUGACUUUUCGCCAGCAGAGGCUUCUGCUGUUACUAUUGUCAAUGAGUACCCUAACUUGGCUGUCUGUCAGACACUUUCAAAGGCGUUCGGUCUUGCUGGUAUUCGUGUUGGUUUCUGCAUUACAGACCCUAAAAUUGCCCAGAUUAUGAACAAUUUGAAGGCUCCUUACAACAUCAGUAAUCCUACGUCCAAGCUUGCUUAUGAAGCUUUGUCGCCCGAGUCUGCGGCUCGUAAGGACAGAAACAGAGACGCACUGAACAAGCAACGUGACCGUCUCGUCCAGGAGCUCCCCAAGAUUCCCGGUGUUGGCAGCAUUAUUGGUGGUCUUGAUGCCAACUUCCUUCUUGUCACCAUUCUUGAUAAGCCUGCCAAGGAUGGAAAACCCUCCAACGAAUCUGCUCAUUACGUGUACAUGCAAAUGGCUACGGAACACAAGGUCGUUGUUCGUUACCGUGGUAGUGAACCUCUCUGUGAAGGCGGACUUCGUAUAACCGUUGGCACUGAGGAGGAAAACACUGUUCUUCUUGAUCGGAUUGCAUUUGUUUUGAAUGAUUAUUUCACCAAGAAGGGAAUUACCUCUGCUUAAGCAACUUGUCAUUCAUAGUUUUUUGAUUUUCAAAACACACAUCUCUCUCCAAGAUUUCCAUAGACAUCUGAAAUUUAAAAGUGUUAUGCUCGUCCAACUAAAUAUAAGAAUUCGUUUCUUUGGAGAGUUAUGCGUGUGCAAGGUGUCAAAUAACGAUUCUAAUAAACUCAAUCAUUGGAUGAGUGGUCUUGUGUUUCACAUUUCCAAUUACCCAAUAUUAUGAAGUAUUUAUUAACGAUUAUAAUUGUUCUUAUCCAUCCGUAAAUGCAUUUCUGAAAACAAG